AUGUUCACCCUUCUCUCUCAAAAGAUCUCUUUCCCUCUGAAGAGAACUCUCCCCUGCAGCCUUUCUCUAUCCCAGCUUUUUAUCUAUCACUUUUUUAUCUUCUCUCCAAUUUUCACAUUUGUUUCUUUAAACUGUAACCAUUUCUUUCUUCUCGCUCUUCACCUCUUCAUUUUUCUCUUUAUUCAUGCUUCUCUUCUUUCUCUUCAUUUUUCUCAUCUCACUUCUCAUCAUUCACUUUUCUCUCUCUAUUCACUUUUCUCUUCUCUCUCUAUUCACUUUUCUCUUCUCUCUCUCUAUUCACUUUUCUCUUCUCUCUCUCUAUUCACUUUUCUCUUCUCUCUCUCUAUUCACUUUUCUCUCUCUAUUCACUUUUCCCUUCUCUCUCUCUAUUCACUUUUCCCUUCUCUCUCUCUCUAUUCACUUUUCUCUUCUCUCUCUCUAUUCACUUUUCUCUUCUCUCUCUCUCUAUUCACUUUUCUCUUCUCUCUCUCUCUAUUCACUUUUCUCUUCUCUCUCUCUCUAUUCACUUUUCUUUUCUCUCUCUCUCUAUUCACUUUUCUUUUCUCUCUAUUCACUUUUCUUUUCUCUCUAUUCACUUUUCUUUUCUCUCUCUAUUCACUUUUCUCAUUCUUUCUCCUCUCUUUCAUUUCAAAUACCAUCUCAUGGUCUUCUUUUCCAUCCUUGUUUAGCCUCUUUCUACCGUAUUUUUGUUUUUUCUUACAAUUGAUCACUUCUCAUUUUUUUUUUAUUUAA